CGUGUCGAGUGAUAUUUGUUCAGGAUACAUAGAGAAGGAAAGGGGGAAUAAGGUGGCGGGGAUGAACGCGAGAGGACCGGUGAGGUGGAGGCAGAAAUGGAGGCAGCAGCCACUGGAGCCAUUGAUGGAAGGGCCUGAUCCCGAGAUGCAGCUGCAGCCGGGGCAGAGGAAGGAGAGGUAUUGGGACGUGAUUCGGGAAUGGUUCCGCUCCCAGAAGGCGGGCGGCGCCGCCCAUCAUCACUACCUCCACCCCAACAACAACAACAGCGGCAACAGCAGCAGGGCAGCUGAGUUGAGGCUGUUGCUCAGCGUGCUGGGCUGCCCCCUCGCCCCCAUCCCGCUCACCGACGCUACCCUGCCCCCCCACCAUCCCCUCCUCCCCCCCUGUUCCAUCCCCAUUCAGAACUCCAUGGCCCAUUACAUCCUCAAGCAGUACAUGGCCGCCACCGGUUGCUUCAACCCCCACCGCCACCGCACCCCCUUCGCCAACAUGUACGCCGCUGGCCGCGUCAAGAUGGCCUGCUGCGAGACCGAGAUCUCCUCCGGCAAGUCCGUCAAGUCCGUCGGCGCCGCCCGACCCACCCCCCACCACGGCAGCUUCGUCCUCUGGCAGAUGACCCCUGCCUUGUGGUCCAUCGAGCUCGCCCUCCUCCCCGGCGGACCUCCCCACUCCAACCCUCAUUCCAACGACGACUUCUCUCACUAUGUUACCAUUAACAACAAUAAGGUGGUCGCCGGCAGCGACGGCAAGAUCGUGUGGCGUCACACUCCCUGGCUCGGCACUCACGCCGCCAAGGGCCCCCACCGUCCCUUACGUCGCCUCAUUCAGGGACUUGACCCGGAGAGCACGGCUCGUUUGUUCGGCAAGGCGCAGUGCAUGGGGGAGAGGAGCAUAGGGGAGGAGGAAUGCUUCGUGCUUAAAGUGGCAGCUGAACGGGAGGCGGUGAUGGAGAGGAGCGAGGGUGGGGCAGAGGUGUUGAGGCACGUCCUCCACGGCUACUUCAGCCAGAAGAGCGGCCUCCUCAUUUACCUCGAGGACUCCCACCUCACCCGUGUCCACCACGUCCCUACCGGUAACAGCCCUGGCGAGGACAGCGAACUAGAAGAUCGAGAACCGCAACACCAUGACGAAGAGCCCGCGUUAUUGGGGGAGACCGUUUACUGGGAGACGACGAUCGGGAGCAGCAUCGGGGACUACAGAGAGGUGGAUGGGCUGAUGAUCGCUCACGAGGGGAAGUCCAUCGCCACCCUCUUCCGCUUCGGAGAGACGUCAAUGCAAUACAGCCGCACCCGCAUGGAAGAAGCCUGGACUAUCCACGACGUCGACUUCAACGUCCCGGGUCUCUCCUUGGAUCACUUCAUCCCUCCUUCCGAUAUCCACAUCCCUUCCCCUUGAUUCGUCCCUACCUCCUAACGACAACUCCCAUUUCAAUUGGACGAACCAUUCCUGGCUAAAUCCCACCAUUCUUAUAUGAUUAACAACUGGUCCCAAUGCUUCCUGUAAAUGAACCCCCUCCCCUUAGAUUAAUCGUUGGUUUGUUCUAAGUAACUCUAAAAUUUUUUUCUUUGGCUUCUGUCAAGUUGGGCCCUUUCAUUUGAUGUCAUCUGACCUUUUUCAUCACAUAUAAAUGGAGAUAGAGUGCAAUUUUUGGUGCAAAA